AUUUAUAAUCUUUUCUGCUAACAUGUAUUAUAUAACAUUAGAAAAGAUAUUUUAAUAUUAAUUCGCAGGUGAAUAAAAAGUGAAGUGAAGAAGAUGACUAUGAUGGCGGACUCUAAUGAUGAACGUAUGGUUAUGGAUUUAUCUCAAGUAAAUUCAGCACAAAAUCAGGCAAUUGAUCGAUUAAAAUUAUUAUAUCCUAUGGUAAAUGAAGAUGAAACACCUUUACCAAGAUCAUGGAGUUCAAAGGAUAAAUAUAAUUAUAUUGGUCUUUCACAAAAUAAUCUCCGAGUUCAUUAUAAAGGGUAUGGAAAAACACAUAAAGAUGCUGCCAGCGUUCGUACAACGAACUCUAUUCCAGCUGCUUGUGGAUUAUAUUAUUUUGAAGUUAAAAUUGUCAGUAAAGGCCGAGAUGGCUACAUGGGUAUUGGACUCUCAGCACAUGGUGUUAAUGUUAAUAGACUUCCUGGAUGGGAUAAAAAUUCUUAUGGUUAUCAUGGAGAUGACGGUCAUAGUUUUUGUUCAUCAGGUACUGGUCAACCCUACGGUCCGACUUUUACUACUGGUGAUAUAAUUGGUUGUGGUGUCAAUUUAGUUGACAACACAGCAUUUUACACAAAAAAUGGACAUCAUUUGGGAAUUGCUUUCACAGAUUUACCUCCAAAUUUAUACCCAACAGUUGGAUUACAAACACCUGGUGAAGUAGUUGAUGCUAAUUUUGGUCAAGUUCCAUUUGUAUUUGAUAUAUCUGAUAUGAUAAGCGAAUUACGAGUUCGCACAAGACUUCAAAUAAUUAAUUAUCCCAUGCUUGAUCAUGGUCAAGGGCAAUGGCAAAAUAUAUUACAUAAAAUGGUAUCAGCCUACUUAGUACAUCACGGAUAUUGUGCCACUGCUGAAGCUUUUGCUAAUGGUACUGAUCAAAUAUUUGAGGAAGAUUUGAAUUCUAUAAAAAAUAGACAAAAAAUACUGAAACUAAUUUUAGCUGGUUGCAUGGGAGAAGCAAUUGAUUUGACAAGCAAAUUAUAUCCAGGAUUACUUGAAAGAGAUACAAACUUAAUGUUUGCAUUAAAAUGUCGACAAUUUGUAGAAAUGGUAAAUGGAACUGAUUCCGAAAUUUAUCGAAAUAAUAAUGAAAAUCAAACGAGUGUUAUACAGUCGACUAAGUUAUUAAACAAAUCAUCCAUAAAUUGCAAUUUAGAAGAACUAAAUCAUAAUACAAUAAACGGAAUAAGCGACCAACAUUUUGUAAGUGGCCAAUUAGAAGAUGAUAUUGAUAUGGAAGAUACAUCUUUAAAUACAUUAAGUAAUUCGAAGAAUAUGAUCAAUCAACACAAAACUGUUGUGAAUACUAACGGUUUCAAACAAAUAAAUGGCGAUGAUAUAAUGGAAAUUGAUAUUGGAAAUCAAAGUCAGCAAAAUAAGCAUUUUAUUUCAAUGGAAUGUUAUUCUAAUAAGAACUGUAAAAGGCAAUUGUGUGGUGGAAAUAAACAAGCAAUUGAAAAAAUGUUGGAUUUUGGAAGGCAGCUAUAUGCACAAUCUAUGCAAUUAAGGGUGCAAAAUGGGAAAAAUGAAAAUAAUAAGAAAAUGUUGAGAGAUGCAUUUAGUUUGCUGGCCUACUCAAAUCCAUGGAAUUCUCCAGUAGGAUGGCAACUGGAUCCGCAACAAAGAGAAACUGUCUGCGCUCGACUUAAUUCUGCUAUUUUAGAAUCUAGUGAUUUACCACGCCUUCCACCUCUUGAAGUAGCAGUUUCUCAUGCAAAAGAACUUGUUCGUCUUAUGUCAAGUAUUGGACUCGGAGCGUGUGGCUUUGCAGUAGUAGAUGAUAUUAUUCAAUAUUGACAAUGCGUUUGUCUGCUACCACAAUUGUUUACAUUUUCUAUCGAAAAAAGAAUACGAAGUUGGAGCGUGGAGCAGAUUAUUUUGAGUCUCCCCUAUUAUGAAGUGAAAUGCAUCUUCAGCUAAACGGUUUUUAAAUUUUGCAGGUUGUAUUGUAAUACUCUGAGAGCUGAUGAUAAUUAAAUAUAUCAGAGGAUCUCUUAAACCUGCCAUCUACAGUGUAAUUUUUAAAUGUAUGUUCAGAAGACAUAUACUCAAAUACAUAACACUCAGGAA